GAGAAGAGGACAAAGAUACUCAGAGAGAAAAAGUAAAGGACAGAAGAAGGAGACUGGAGAGACCAGGAUCCUUCCAGCUGAACAAAGUCAGCCGCAAAACAGACUAGCCAGCAGGCUGCAAUUGGAGCCAGAGUGCCAAAGACAUGGGUUUGUUAGAGUGCUGUGCUAGAUGUCUGGUAGGGGCCCCCUUUGCUUCCCUGGUGGCCACUGGAUUGUGUUUCUUUGGAGUGGCACUGUUCUGUGGAUGUGGACAUGAAGCUCUCACUGGUACAGAAAAGUUAAUUGAGACCUAUUUCUCCAAAAACUACCAGGACUAUGAGUAUCUCAUUAAUGUGAUUCAUGCUUUCCAGUAUGUCAUCUAUGGAACUGCCUCUUUCUUCUUCCUUUAUGGGGCCCUCCUGCUGGCCGAGGGCUUCUACACCACCGGCGCUGUCAGGCAGAUCUUUGGCGACUACAAGACCACCAUCUGCGGCAAGGGCCUGAGCGCAACGGUAACAGGGGGCCAGAAGGGGAGGGGUUCCAGAGGCCAACAUAAAGCUCAUUCUUUGGAGCGGGUGUGUCAUUGUUUGGGAAAAUGGCUAGGACAUCCCGACAAGUUUGUGGGCAUCACCUAUGCCCUGACUGUUGUAUGGCUCCUGGUGUUUGCCUGCUCUGCUGUGCCUGUGUACAUUUACUUCAAUACCUGGACCACCUGCCAGUCUAUUGCCUUCCCUAGCAAGACCUCUGCCAGUAUAGGCAGUCUCUGCGCUGAUGCCAGAAUGUAUGGUGUUCUCCCAUGGAAUGCUUUUCCUAGCAGGUUUGUGGCCAACCUUCUGUCCAUCUGCAAAACAACCGAGUUCCAAAUGACCUUCCACCUGUUUAUUGCUGCAUUUGUGGGUGCUGCAGCCACACUAGUUUCCCUGCUCACCUUCAUGAUUGCUGCCACUUACAACUUUGCCGUCCUUAAACUCAUGGGCCGAGGCACCAAGUUCUGAUCUCCCAUAGAAAUCCCCCUUUGUCUAAUAGCGAGGCUCUAACCACACAGCCUAUAGUGUUGUGUCUCCUGUCUUAACUCUGCCUUUGCCACUGAUUGGCCCUCUUCUUACUUGAUGAGUAUAACAAGAAAGGAGAGUAUUGCAGUGAUUAAUCUCUCUCUGUGGACUCUCCCUCUUAUGUACCUCUUUCAGUCAUUUUGCUCCACAGUGGGCUCCUGCUAGAAAUGGGGAAUACCUGAGAAGGUGAUUCCCCCGCUGCAAGUCGCAGAGGAAUGAAAGCUCUAAUUGAGUUUGCAAGCAUCUCCUGAAGGCCAGGAUGUGCUUCCUUCUCAAAGGGCACUUCCAUUGAGGAAAACAAAGUGGAAAGAAAGAUUCUCAGGUAGAAAGCAGGAAUGUCCUUGGUCUCCUUGCCAUCAGUAGGAGUCAAAUAUAUUCUCUUUGAGGCACAAAACCAAGAACUCACUCUUUUCUUCCUAGUUCCACUGAAGACAGAAGGAAAUAAGCAAUAGCAUUUGCCCAAAUCUGCCUCCUGCAGCUAGGAGAAGGGGGUCAAAGCAAGGAUCUUUCACCCUUAGAAAGAGAGCUCUGACGCCAGUGGCAAUGGACUAUUUAAGCCCUAACUCAGCCAACCUUCCUUACAGCAUUAGGGAGCACAGUGUCUAUUUAGACAAAGUGGGGCCUGGAGGAGGGGGGCAUCAUCUGUCCUUACAGCUCAUUAGGAAGAGAAACAGAGUGUUGUCAGGAUUGGCUCACUCCCUUCUCCCUGAUAACAGCUACCAUGACAACCUUGUGGUUUCCAAGGAGCUGAGAAUAGAAGGGAACUAGCUUAUAUAAAAUAAGACUGUGACCUAAGGAGCAUCAGUUGGGGGAUGCUAAAGGUGUAAAUUGAGAUGCCCUCUGGCAGAUGCAAAACACUUAACUCUUUGGAUAGCAUCUCCCCCUACCCCAUCAGUUGUGUCCUCUUGGCCUCUGGCACAAUAUCUUCACAAUGGUGCUCUUUUCCUUGGGUUUUAUCCAUUCACUUACAGCAGGUGAUUAGAGGAUUUUGAUUAGUUUCAGAAUGAUUCCUGUUUCAUAUUUCCCAGUUGUUUAUCUCUUGUUUGGAGCUGUACCAGAAAGAACUGGAGAAUGAUUCUUUGAGCAUAGUUCUUUUUUAAAAGAAAAAAGAAAAACUGGACAGUAAGCAUCACAAAAAUAUUUGAAAUUGUGUAGUCCCAUGAAAUGAUUGGGAUUUUCCCCAAGUAUUCUACCUUUUGUAGAACUAGGCUUGGUAAAUUUGAACCUCCAUUUGAAUAACCUGUCCAAUAUUUUCUUUUCUAAUGAAUGACAGAUGAUUUUACUUGCUAAUAUUAUCUCAGCAUUUUGAAAGUUUAGGCUUAGCAUAGAGGUUAUUGUGUCUUGGUAUAUAUAGGUCACAUAAUAGAUUUCAGCAGCUGCCAGCUGUUUAGUUGGUGAGCUUCCAGAGAGCUCUGGAGACAUGGUGAGGACAGACAGAAUUGGAAACCUGAAGAACUCCCAGAUUUCAGGCUUAUCCUGUACUUGUUAACUUUGGGUGGAAGAAAGAAAAGCAAAGAAAGAAAGGAAAAGCCUCUGAUCUGUUUUUACUGAAGGAAAAAUUACUGUAGAUUUUUUUUUGUAGAUUUGUGCUGUCAUUCCCCAAAGUGCUUUUGUCAUGUUGAAAGAGAUAUAAGGAUUUAGAAGAAGAUACUUGAGACUUGUUCUUGGGCCAGUAUAUAAGGUAAACUAGCAGGAUGCACAGUAGUGAGGAGAGCUUAAAGGACCUGGAAGAAACCAAUCAAGAUAAAGGAAGGUGAAAUAAUCUACAUCUUUUAUUUGGUUUGAUUUUAAUAUCAUAACAGAUAACCAACCACUCCCUGAAAACCUCACACGUAUAUAUACACACACGCAUGCACAUACAAAGAGAGUUAAUCAACUGCAAGUGUUUCCUUCAUUUCUGAUAUAGAAUUUUGAUUUUAACAACAUAAAGGAUAAACUUUUAGAAACUCAUCUUACAAAAUGUAUUUUAUAAAAUUAAAGAAAAUAAAAUUAAGAAUGUUCUCAAUCAAA